AUGUCGCGCCGGCCACAGGUGCUUCGGGUGACGGAUUCUGCCAACUCGGUGCUGACGCCGCGCAGGUCCCCGGGCACGCCCCCGACGCCGCCCCCGGCGCCGGCCGUCGUCGCGACGCUCACCACGUGCCCCGCGGCGGCGCCGCCGCCUCUCGACGCCAAGGCGAUGCGCCUCCACCGAGAGGCCUCGCUCUCUGACGCCUCCUUCAGGGCGCUGAGCUGCAAGGACGGCGAGUCUCCCGCGCACGCGCAGUCGCAGUGCCACUCGCUGGAGCGCGGCGCGCGCUUCGGACUGCACAGGUCGGUGCCGGGGCGGCUGGACGCGCACAGCCAGGGCGACCACGACCAGGGCGGGACGGACAGCCAGCAGCAGCAGGAGCCUCUGGAGGCGGCGCUGGACGGGCUGGCGCGCUACCUGCAGUCCAACAGGCAGGGGCUGCGCGACCUGCUGCUCACCAGCGGCCUCGUCGUCGUGGAGCCGCUGCCGGCGCGCGCGCGCACCUGCCGCAUCGCCGGCGCCACCGUCAAGGCCGCCUCCGCGCACGGGCCGCCUCCGCCGGGGGCGGCUGCGGGAGGCGGGGGCGGCGCCGCCGUGGAGCGCGCCAAGAGCUACACCAUCCCGCGCACGCUACGCUUCUUCCACCCCAAGCGGCACAACAGGGAGCUGCUGGACGAGGAGCUGCCAGACCCGGACACGGUGCGCCGCGUGCGGCAGGUGUUCGAGGCGACGCUGGCCGCCGGGGGCGGCCUCGGAGGCGGAGGCGCCGCCCCGACGCCCCCUGCCUCCGGGCGGCGAGCGCUGUCCGCCCCCGGCCGCCGCUGGACGGACUGCGGCAGCGUCUCGUCCGGAGUCUCCAGUGACCUCAGCAGCUCGUACGAGGCGCGCAGCUCCAGGGGGUCAGACUCGGACCGCGGCAGCGGCGACGACGAUGACGACGACGAAGACGAGGAGGACGCGGGCCGCGGCGGCAGCCCCGCUGGAGAGGCGCGCGUGUCUGGAGAGGUGCUGGAGCGCAUCCGCGCGCGCGGCCUCAGCGUCACCUACUACGGGGGGCGGGUGGUGGCGCGCACCCCCGCGCCGCCCCCGGUCGCCGCAGUGCUCAGCGAGAUCGGCGGCGGCGGCGGCGCGGGCUUCCGCCUCGUCAAGAGCCACAGCUGCGGCUCCAGGCUGCAGCUGGCCGCCGACGUGGGCAGCAGUCACAGUGAAGUCGGGCCGGUCUUCACCUCCACCCUGGGAGACGUCUCGCUGCGGCCGCCGCCGCCCCAGGAGGAGCAGAAGAGCAGGAAGAGCGGCAAGGAGGCGGCCGACAGCCGGCUGGCCGCCUACUGCGGCGGGGGCGUGGCCGCCCAGCCCCGGCGCUACCCCGACAUGGAGUUCGAGGAGUUCCAGGUGCUGGAGGACGGCGCUGGAGUCCAGGGCCAGAGGGGCGCCGUCUGCGGGGCCGCCUGACACCGAGCGCGCGCCCUAGGUUAGCUGGCGUGGGCUCCACACGUGUUCCCGGCUACCUGUCACUUGUACCUGCAGGCACGUGGCGUCCCAACACCGUGGUGUCCCCUUUACUUGGUAGGCUCGCUAACUACUUCACAAAAUCAGUUGACCACAUCACAGCGGCAGAUGUUAUACAGUGUACAUUCCAGUUGUUGUUGUUGUUGUGGUCUUCAGUCCUGAGACUGGUUUGAUGCAGCUCUCCAUGCUACUCUAUCCUGUGCAAGCUUCUCCAUCUCGCACUACGUACCGCAGCCUACAUUUUUCCGAAUCUGCUUAGUGUAUUCAUCUCUUGGUCUCCCUCUACGAUUUUUACCCUCCACGCUGCCCUCCAAUACUAAAUUGGUAAUCCCUUGAUGCCUCAG